AUGGGGAAACUGCUUUCGAAAAUUUUCGGCAACAAGGAAAUGCGAAUCCUGAUGCUUGGUCUAGAUGCAGCCGGUAAAACAACUAUACUGUAUAAGCUAAAGUUAGGUCAAUCGGUAACCACAAUUCCAACGGUCGGUUUCAACGUAGAAACCGUAACGUAUAAGAACGUCAAAUUCAACGUGUGGGACGUUGGUGGACAGGAUAAAAUUCGACCCCUCUGGAGGCACUACUAUACGGGUACUCAAGGAUUAAUUUUUGUGGUAGACUGUGCGGAUCGUGAUCGGAUAGAUGAAGCGAGGCAGGAACUGCAUCGGAUAAUAAACGAUCGCGAAAUGCGGGAUGCGAUCAUACUGAUAUUUGCAAACAAGCAAGACCUGCCAGAAGCAAUGAAACCUCAUGAAAUUCAGGAAAAGCUUGGAUUGACGCGAAUACGCGACCGGAACUGGUACGUGCAGCCUUCCUGUGCCACCACCGGCGACGGUCUGUACGAGGGACUGACGUGGCUAACGUCCAACCACAAAUUAUGAGAAUAAUUGUAAGCAUCGCAUCGGACGGCAGUGGACCGGGCCGUUAACGAAGCCGUCGCCUAGCAAGAACAUCCACAAUAUA